AUGAAGCAGGAGCGCGCAGAUGCAACCCUGGCAAAACUGGAUCUUUAUGGCGUGAAUCAUAUCGAUGUGGCGGCAAGUUAUGGCGAAGCAGAACUGCGCCUGGCGCCGUUUUUAAAGACACGUCGCGACGACUUUUUUCUUGCCACAAAAACGGGGUUACGCAGCAAAGCCGCGGCAAGAGACCAGUUGCACGCAUCACUUGAAAGAAUGCAGGUGGCACAGAUCGAUCUGAUCCAGAUGCAUAACCUUGUUCAGCCUGAUCAGUGGGAAGAAGCGAUGGGUCCCGGCGGUGCGCUGGAGGCCUUAGUCGAGGCGAAAGAGCAGGGGUUGGUGCGCUUUAUCGGCGUGACCGGACAUGGCACCUACGCGCCUUUGAUGCACGUUCGCAGUCUGCAGGCCUAUGACUUCGACUCAAUUCUGGUGCCGUAUAACUAUUCGAUGAUGAACAAUGCGCAAUACGCAGCAGACUUUGAAACGCUGUAUGCACUUUGUCAGGAGCGCCAGGUGGCGAUGCAGACCAUCAAGAGUAUUGCCCUGCGCCGUUGGCGUGAUGACGAUCCGGAAAAACACUUUUCCUGGUACCGGCCCAUACGAGAACCCGAACCCUUGAAGCGGGCGGUGGAUUUUGUCCUGAAUCGCGAUAACCUGUUUCUGAAUACCACCAGCGAUGCAUCUCUGCUCGAUGCUAUCUUUGCUGCGGCGCGUGAACCUGUCAGUGCUCCUGACCCAAUGGCGCUGGAUGCGGUAAAGCGCUUAGCGGGCGCGCUGGGUGCGGAGAUAACCGGGGUAAACCUGAGCGCACCGUCCAGUGCCGAUAUUGAACAGAUCAAGGCGCUGCUGCUGGCGCACAAAGUGAUUUUUUUCCCGGGACAGAAAGUCAGCCUGGAAGAACACGUGGCGCUGGGUGAGUUUUUUGGUCAGAUUGAAGAUCACCCUAACCUGAAAAACCCGUACACCAAUCAUCCCGGUGUGUUUGAACUGGCGGCGACCCAUGGCGGGAUUGCUGACGAAUGGCACACAGACAUCACCUUUGAGACGCACCCAUCGAUGAUGUCGGUUCUGCACAUGGUUAAAUGCCCGGAAGUGGGUGGUGACACCAUGUGGAGUUCACUGGAACAGGCGUUUAAUGAGCUGUCUCCACCUAUGCAGUCAUUGUGUGAAUCACUGACGGCUCUACAUGAUGCGUUGCCGCACAAUCGUCCUGACAAAAUGGCCAUACAUCCGGUGGUUCGGGUGCACCCGGAAACCGGCAACAAGGCGUUAUACGUUAAUGAACACUUCACCCGGCGUCUGGUGGAAGUGAAUGCGACUGAAAGUGAAACAUUGCUGACCUAUCUGACAAACUGGGUGAAAAACCCGCGAUUCACCGUCCGUUAUCAAUGGUCCGAAGGCACCAUCGCCAUGUGGGACAAUCGCUGCACCCAGCACUUUGUGCUCAACGAUUUUGAGGGUGAACGUAUUAUUCAGCGGGUAACCGUGAUGGGUGAUAACGUUGAAGCGGCAAGUCCGCCCGGAUGGGCACCCUAUGUGAGACCGGGUCCAUUGUCAGCGAUGAGCCGGCAUGACCGACAGCUCUCGCUGUAUCUCAAAUCCAGACAGGAAGCGAAAGAGGCCUGA